AUGCCUCCCAAAAGUCGAAAAGUGAGGGCUUCGGCUGCGCCGGCAACCACGGCCUCUGACGGCCCUGCAGACGGUCAUCCGCCUUCGUCCAAGCAGCAGCAAGACGUGUUUCACUUUGUCAGCGUCAAUCCCACGUCGGAGGUGCAAAAGUCGCACAACCGAACCGUCAUCCGCUCGCAUGCGAGCAAGUACAUCUGGCGUCAACAUCGAGCUGGGCGGUCGGAAAAAGGCGGCUCCAGAAAGCCAUCCGCCAGGGACUCUGAACCUGCUCUCUCUGCUCCCGCCAUCCCGAAGCCAUCCACCCAUGAACCAUCUUGGUCCUUGCCGCCCCCUCCUACAGGCCCGGCGGAGCUGGAGUCAGGCUCGUCGUCAAGCUCGCUUGCGAGGGAAUCAGAAGAGCCUCCCACCAAGGUUGAAGAUUUCAAUGAAGUUAAACCCUCUCCCUAUACAGCCGACGCAUCGCUAUCGCCCGUUCUAUAUCGACAGGAACGUCACCCGGGGAACAUUCUUUCGGCCAAUAUGGCGCUUGGAAACAGUUAUGAUCUCGUCGAUGGACCGUUCAACCAGCUGACAAGUUGGCUGGCGGACCCGGGCCACAUAUAUCCGUCGAUGCUGGGCGAGUCGGCAAUUACUGUUUCGGAGCUUUGGCCAGGCCUUGUGCUCGGCGCCUCAAAUCAAAAAUGGGAUCGGGAGGAUGCAGCUGAGAAUUGGCUACCACGGGCCAUGAAGAACCCGCCUCUGUUUACAGCGUUUUUAUAUGGCGCAGCAGGACACAUGCAGACACGAAAGCGGCUCGAGGGCGCACAUUUCAGCCCGCAGACGAAGGAGGAGAAACUCGAGCAGAUUGUGUGCGAGACCGAAACGAUCAAGCAGCUGAAUCAGAUGAUGCAGAAGCCGUCGCAGGCUUGCUCGGACGAAGUCAUUCUGGCGGUGCUGUGUAUGGCAUUCAACCGGAUCGACUACUCCGGGUGGACCGUGUCCGACCCAUGGCCCAAGGCACCGCUCCGAAAUCUUCAAUGGCUCGACGUGUACGGGGGGCUCUCGCUCAACGACCACCACAUUAAAGGGCUUCUUGCGCUGAUUGAGAUGCGAGGGGGGUUGUCGCAGAUGAAGAUGCCGGGUUUGGCGGAAACGUUAUCCACGUCCGGAGUGAUGCUCUCCACGAAAUACCUCGUCAAGCCACGGCUGCCGUUUGUGCCCAUAUUCGAGGAGACGGCAGAGGGUCGAACGCCCCAUUGGCCGACGCUGCUGAACCCGGCCAUGAUAGAGGGCCAGCCGGACCCGAUCGCCACGGCCGGGUUGCCCGCGGACAUCAGCGAGAUCCUUCAAUGCAUGCGAGACUACAACAACGUGAUCAAUGUCUACUCGCAGGGCCUCCUCCCCGAGCUGGAACUGGCGGUCAUCGCCGACCGGCGCAACUGGAUCCAAUACAAUCUGGUCUCAUUGCGGUCGGUGUACGAAUACCACGAAGCAUUCUUCGACGCGCACAAGACCUACGAGAUGUGCCGGCUGGCGGCCAUGAUCUACAGCAUGCUGGUGAUCUUCCCGCUCCCAGCGGCGAACCGGCCGUUCAAGCGGAUUGCGUCGAUGGCGCGGAUGGCGCUGAUGGAGACGGAGACGGAACCCGACCCGUUUGCCAGCUGGCGCCCGGGGCGCGAGAUGCUCCUGUGGGCGCUGGUGCUGGCGGGAAUGGCGGCCAAGGGCACCCCGGACCGGGAGUGGUUUGUGGGCAAGCUGGCGGCAGCGCUGGCGACGGCGGGGCCGGGCACGUGGGAGGAGGUGAAGGAGGCGCUGGGGCAAGUGAUGUGGAUGGACAGCGUGUGCGACAUGGGCGGGCAGGCACUGUGGAUGGACGCGAUGCUGGCGGGCGGUGCGGGAACUGGAUCCACGGCCGGAUCCAUCUGA